UGUUUCUUGUUCUUGUUCUUGUUCUUGUUCUUGUUCUUCUUCGUCUUCUUCUCUACUGCUGGCGUCAAACCAUGUAGUAUUUACUGUCUCAGUCUGCAGUGGAGUGAGGUCUCUUUGGCAGACUAAUAUUAAACUGGUGAAAAUGGAGAACGAUUAUGUUGUUGAGCAAACUUAAAUGUUAUUAGCACAAUUUGCUUGUUAUAGCCUCUUUAACUUUUUCUUAACAGUGAAGAACUUUAGUGUGCAUCAUUCAAAUUGUCCAAAAGACGACAAUGAGGUGUGUUUACUGCAUAGCUUCAAGUGGAGGGAAAAGGUAAAGUAAGCGCUGCCAGGUAUAAGUGACUUGCAUAUCAGUGAGCCCACAUUAUGCACGCCUCGUGCUGAUUCAGUUAGUCUUACUCUGACAUAGGCUUUAUGUUUAAUAGGUUAAGGGUUUGAGUUUGCUCAGAUUGCCUCUGACCCCGCUCCUCCCGAGUGCGCCCUCCUAUCCGCUGUGCGCUCUGCACACUUAUCCCUCCUCCUCCUCUCCUCCUCUCCUCUCCUCCUCAGCGCUUGGAGCUCGACGCGCACAGGCACAACAGAUGGUACAGAACUACAGGCUGCAGGAGCGCAAUAAUUCUAUGCACAAGUACUUUCAUUCUUCUAAACUUCAUAGAAUAGUUUAGAGUACAGGGAGAAAGGGGUUCUCCGAGGACACGCGCGACUUUGUCAGGAACUGGAUCCUACGGUUUAGAGGCGAAAUUUGGUGUCAAGGUCAGAAGCAGCCAUGCCAUUUGGCUGUUUAACAAUUGGAGAAAAGAAGGAUUAUCACAAUCCUUCAGAUGUGACAGAUAAAUAUGACCUGGGUCAGAUUGUUAAAUCGGAGGAAUUCUGUGAGAUAUUCAGAGCCAAGGACAAAACUACAAUGAAAAUGUACACAUGUAAAAAGUUCCUGAAGAAGGAUGGGAGGAAAGUUCGCAAGGCUGCAAAAAAUGAGAUUGUCAUCCUGAAGAUGGUGAAGCAUCCCAAUAUUCUCCAGCUGGUGGACGUCUUUGAGACCAAGAAGGAGUACUUCCUCUUCCUUGAACUUGCAACAGGCCGAGAAGUAUUUGACUGGAUCCUUGACCAGGGCUACUACUCAGAACGAGAUACCAGCAAUGUGGUGCGCCAGGUUUUGGAGGCUGUGGCCUACCUCCACUCCCUGCAUAUUGUUCACAGAAACCUCAAGUUGGAGAACUUGGUUUAUUACAACCGCCUGAAGCACUCUAAGAUAGUCAUCAGCGACUUCCAUCUUGCCAAGCUGGAGAAUGGACUUAUAAAGGAUCCCUGUGGAACACCAGAGUACUUGGCUCCUGAAGUGGUUGGCAGACAGCGUUAUGGGAGGCCAGUGGAUUGCUGGGCAACAGGCGUCAUCAUGUAUAUUCUGUUGUCAGGCAACCCUCCUUUUUAUGAUGAAACUGAUGACGAUGAUUAUGAAAACCAUGACAAGAACCUGUUCCGAAAGAUACUGGCAGGAGAUUAUGAGUUUGACUCUCCGUAUUGGGAUGACAUUUCUGAUUCAGCUAAGACUCUAGUUGCCCGUCUGAUGGAGGUGGAUCAAGACCAGAGACUGACAGCCCAGGAGGCUAUAAAUCAUGAAUGGAUCUCUGGCGGUGCAGCUUCAGAUAAGAACAUCAAGGAAAAUGUGUGUGCACAAAUAGAGAAGAACUUCGCCAGAGCUAAAUGGAAGAAAGCAGUGCGGGUCACCACCAUCAUGAAGAGACUGAGAGUACCCGAGGCAAAGACAACCAGCCCGGAGGCGGCUGCUCCAGCAGACUCCACAGCUCCCCAGACAGCCACAGACCCCUCUGCGCCUUCUUCUACAGCAGCACCUGAAGGAGCGCCUGCUGAAGUCACAGAGCCCCCUGCAACAGCAGAGAUAAGCCAACCAGCACCGGAAGCAGGAGCCGGUGAGGCUGCCUCAGUUGCUGAGCCCCAGCAACCAAGCCCCCCACCACAGGAGGCCGAGCCUACAUCACGCUGCAACGGAGAAGCUGUAGCUGCUCCCGAUGCAACCUCUGAGGCUGGGAAUGAGCAGGGUUAAACCCUCCUCCAAACCUUCUCUGUGUGACCUCUGAAGUCCCCACCAACCCCUGCACACUGUACAUUAGCUGCUAGCAUGGUGACACUGACUCUGCUUCUUUCUCACUUGCAGCAUUAGAAUCAUCUCAUGGAGGCUGUGUGCUACCUUUCCUGAGUGCUGCGUUGUAUUGGUUAUGUUUCUACAUGUGUUGUGUUUUUUUCACUGACCCGCCAGCGUUUUAUGUCAGUUUAUAUGAACCACUUCUAUCUUUGAAUACUUGAGUUUGAAGGGCAAAAACAGAUAUGCGGUCAAACUGUGGCUUUCAGCUAAACUUUUCUUUUUGCUUUGAUUCCUGUUAAUGAGCACACUUUAGAAACAUCUCCCUCCUGGCAUUGCAAAUACAGAAUUUGUUCUUUGAAUCAGUAGAAAAGUUUCGCCUGUGUAAUUUUGACCUUAAACUCUAACACUUCCUAAGUGCUUGUCCUUGCACAUUGAGAAGAUUACUUAACCCUGUCAUAGGAGAAACAUAGCUACCUGUCUUUCUAUAAUUGUCUACACUGAUUUUGUGUUACAAUGACGAGACUGGUGACUGGGAGCCAUCAUGCCCAGUAUGGUAUAUUUGAACGAGGCAGCUUUAAACAUAAAAACACACACAUACAUUUUGUUUCUUUGCUGACUUCCUGCUCAGGAAAGCACCUCAUAGCUGUAUGUAUAAAGAUUCUGUAUAUAGAGACCUUUGUAGAAGUAGCCAAAACAGCAUGUACUCUCACUUUUUGCUGUUCAUUUUACAUUUACAAACACUUGAUGGAUAAAGAUACUCAUCUGACUACUUUGUCUUAACAUAAGUCACAGCUCCCUCAUCCUCACCUCUUCUCACAAAAUAUUUAGAAUUGUUUUUUAAAGCGCACUGCACAUUAUGCUGUCUAUUGCUACUACUCAUUCAGGCCCUCUGCUGUCUCUAAAGUUUGAUGAAAAAAGAAGUCUUCAUUUCAUUGCACUUCUAUGCAUUAAAUUAAUUUGUAGCUUUCCAUUUUUAGAGAUGUUAUUUCAUCACAUCUUUAUCCAUCAUGUGACUAAAACAGUUUUUUUGGGGGGGGGAGGAACUAGAUCUCAGUUUACUCGCAUCUACUGUGGUUUAACCUUGACCCCUGUGUUAGGACUCUGACUUAAAUGCCACAUAUGUCUUAAUAUUAAGUUGUAACUUAAAAACAAAAUGUGCAUUAACUGACCACAUGCAGCUUUCAAGAGAAGACAUGCAUAAUUUUGACUUUGUGGUAACUAGAGCUCUUUUCAUGAACACAGCCUUUCUGACAUGUAUUCUGCUGACACCCAAUGUUUGAAGUAAAUAUUUCUUUUUUUUUUAACUUUUCUAUUAAUUCUCUAUUUAUUUAUAUUUACACAUCAAAUUUUAUUUUUUGUUGUUGUUUUAAAUUUUGUCUUUUUUUUUUUCCAUAGAUUUCUUAUAAACAGUAAUAACAAACUAUCCUUUGCUGUCACUGGUCCCCUUGAGCAUUAAUAAAGAGCUACAGAACAAGUUCUCUGUAAUCACUCUAGAGGAUAUUGAGCAAUAUUCGACUGGCUGCAGAAACUGUGAUUCCUGGUGUCCUUUCGAUACAGUCCAUGUACCUGUAAGUGGAAGUCUUUAGUCCUCGCCAGCUGUCAGGCCCAUCAUGGCCACUUAACAAACACGUGGCUGCUGUCAGAUAAGUGUGUGGGGGCUGAUAGAUAAGACCAUUUUGCUCCUCUGGCCCCUGAGUGCCCACAUGGUUCCUUGUGUGAACACACAUUUAGCCAUGGGCUUUUAUUCUCUGGUCACAUGGAGACAGCCGCCAUGUUGUCAACACAAUUGUUAGAAUAGAUAGAUAUGAAAUAUAGUAAGCACACUGUUAUGGCGAUUUUGUCCCACCCAAUCUGUUGUCAAGAGUAUUUACAGUGAGCACAUGUGCAUUUGUAUAAAAGUGUGCAUUUAAAAUUAAAAGGGGCUUUGUUUGGCUUUGUGGUAACAUUUACACAUGUAUCUACUUUUAAUUUGUAAUGAAGUAGAUUGGUGGACGACCAAUCGUUCAGAUUUUACAGCUGUAUUAUUUCUUACAUUGUUAUUUCUUUCUUACAAGAGUAAUAUUUAGAUAUUUAUGAGAGGCUUUAACAGAAGAUUAAAAGAGACUUUUGUGUGAAUAGAUUAAUUCAUGUAGUCUGUUUUCUUUGUUUAGAUGGCAAAUAAAUACUGUUUCAAUACUGUUACACAGUUUAAAGCAAUGCUUUUUCCAAUACAUUCCUCACUGUAUUUAAUAUUCCACGUUUGUUCAUUUUGCCAUGCACUUACAGGUGUAUUUGUAGAUGUGAUGUUUGCCAGGACCAGUGGUCACCUGUAGGUCCUGUCUUGCAUUUGUGAGCUCUGUACUGUUCUCCUUGACUGAGUUGAUGACUUUGAUGGUAUUAAAAUUUACUUCAUCUAUUU